CCUGAGAAGCCCCGCUGGCCACACGGCCUCCUGAGCGCAUCCUCUCGCUCUCCCUUCCAGAAUCAGAGGCGCCGCCAUGCAGCUCCGCCUGCUCCUCUGCCUGGUGCUCUUCAGCCCGCAGGGCUCCAGUCUCCACCACCAGCACUCCUGGCGGACCAAGAAGAGGGUCAGGGAGCUGCCACCCACUGCCACGGCCACUGCCACGGCCACCGCCACGGCCGCCCCCGCCACGGCCGCCCCCGCUCACAGGAACUUCACCUUCGACCUCUUCAGGGCCUUGGUGGCCGCCAACCCCAACCAGAACAUCAUCUUCUCUCCCCUGAGCAUCUCCAUGCCGCUGGCCAUGAUCUCCCUGGGGGCACGGGCCAGCACGAAGGAACAGAUCCUGGAGGGGCUGGGCCUCAGCGCCCAGGGGGGCCCCGAGGAGGACGAACUCCACCAUGGCUUCCACCGGCUGCUGCAGGAGCAGCGCCGGCCCCGGGAGGACCUGCAGCUGAGCCUGGGCAACGUGCUGUUCAUCAGGCCCGCGGUGCCCGUCCGGGACGCCUUCCUGAGCGCCAUGAGGACGCUGUACCUGGCAGACGCCGUCCCCACCAACUUCAAGGACCCCGAAGCGGCCCAAAAGCAGAUCAACGAUUACGUGGCAAAGGAAACGAAAGGCAAGAUCGUGGACCUGGUGAAGGACUUGGACAGCUCCGAGGUCAUGGUCAUGGUGAGCUACAUCUUCUUUAAAGCCAAGUGGGAGACUCGCUUCGACCCCCAAAGCACCCUCAAGCAGGACUUCCACGUGACCCCGGAGACAGUGGUGCAGGUGCCCAUGAUGAAGCGGGAGGACGAGUAUGACUACCUCCUGGACCGGAGACUCUCCUGCAGGGUCGUGGGGCUCCCCUACCAGGGCAACGCCACGGCCCUCUUCAUUCUCCCCAGCGAGGGCCGGAUGCAUAAGGCGGAGGCCGGCCUGGACCAGGAGACCCUGACCAAGUGGUUCAAAAAGUUCACAAAGAGGAAGCUCCAGCUUUACCUUCCCAAGUUCUCCAUCGAGGGAUCCUACCAGCUGGAGAAGAUCCUCCCCAAGCUGGGCAUCCGGGACCUCUUCACCUCCCACGCCGACCUAGGCGGGCUCACCAACCACUCCAACAUCCAGGUGUCUGAGAUGGUGCACAAAGCCGUGGUGGAGGUGGACGAGUCGGGGACCCAAGCGGCUGCAGCCACGGGCAUGGUGUUGGGGUUCCGGUCGGCUCGAAUGGGCGCUCAGGUGGUGGUGUUCAACAGGCCGUUCCUGAUGGCGAUCGUGAACCCGGAGGGCGUCCUCUUCCUCGGCAAGGUGGCCCGCCCCGCGGAGGGGCACUUCUGAGCCCCGGCCUCCCCAGCGGAGAUGCGGGCGCUCUGCGGCCAUCGCCUGCGGAGACCUAGUGAGACGCGCAGGCUUAGUGACGAGUGAGACUUUAGCGAGUAACAGUAGCAGCACCGACCACCAGGACGGCUUCCUCCCACACCAGGUGAGGCCAGGCGCCUGGGAGAGGCUGGAGGACACGCGGUCACGCCCUCACCGCUCACCAGUGGCGAUUCGCACUGAGGCCCCGAGAGCUGGAUCGACUUGUCCAAGGCCACACGGCAGGUCAGAAGCCCAGGACCCGGCCCCUGAUUCCCAGCCCAGCGCCACCGGCUCCCCAGGAAGGUGGUUCCAGUAGACAUUCCGCCAGGAAGCAUGUGUCCAAGCCCCGCCCCCCUUCCCCGUCAGCAACACCAGCCGUCAAUUCUGAUGGUUGAGUGGGGGCACCCGAGUGGAGUCUGCCGUGGGCGCUGUCCCGGCUCACCGGCUGUGUGACGUUGGCUCAUGCCUUCCCCCUCUGGACUCUGGUUUCUCCACGGAUGCACUGAGGGCUCAGGCCAAGGAUAGAAGGUUCCUGAAAUCAGGUAAAAAGCCUGGAGUGUCACCUGCCAGUCACAGCUGAUAUCACCGCUCAUCCUCUGAGAAAAGCGAGGGGACCGCGGGGUGGAAAUGGCCCGCCCGGGGCGUACCAUCCUGCGGGGGAAGUUACAGUCCCGUGGGCGUGGCUGGCGGCGGGAGCAUGGAGGCCGGGUGCCAACAGCGGCUGUUGUUUGGAGACACUGCUGACUGGGUGUGGACUGUAGUGCCAGGCAGAGCAAUAAAGCAUUUGCAGACA